GGCAGAGAGGCGCUGAUCCGAGCGGAAAAUUACCCGAAUCACAGGAAUGGGUGUCAGCGCUGCCGCUGGGCGACCCGGGGGGACACACUGAUGAAGGGGACCGAGACUGGCAUCGGACGGCGAAGCAGCCGGAGCAUGCACGGCGAUUCUGAGUUUCUGGCAGCCCUCCAGCCCUGAGCCUGCUCCGCUGUGUUAAUACCGCAGCUGCCCGGAAUGCACUUUGCCCAGAGCCUUCGGAGAGCCGAUUAGCGGGACCGCUGUCACAGAGGAUAAGAAACGCCAAUACAAUUGCGGAAUACCCCAGCGAAACGAGGUUGGAGGAUUAGACGUUUUCCGAAAGCAGACCCGUCCAUCCCAGUAAGAUGUCUCUCCACAUUCAGGUGGAAUUCAAAGCUUUUCCCACCCUGAAUAAUGGAUGAUGCCUCAAGCUUUUACUGAAGCAACAGAGUGACCAGUGUGGGCUGGACUUACAUGAAGUCCAGGGACCCUCUUUUCUCCUGCGAGGGGCUGCCCUGUCAUCAUCUACUGCUGCCGAUUUUUUCCUUUGCAGUUUCCCAGCUGUGCUCCCUAGGGUGAUGGGAAGUGGACAGGAUUGCAGAGCAAUCCGAACAAUUUCCUGUCCCUCAGCCGGAAAGCUGCUGGACUGCAACAGGCAUUGCAGGAUACCUGACCAGCAAUAAAAACCUGCAGACAGGCACACCUGUUACCUCUUUCUCCUCCUUCCUAUUUGGUGCUUAAGUUUGCCAGAUUGACCAGAUUGCGGUUUGUGUCCGGAGUUUCCUUGCUGUCCGGGACCAGGCGGAGGCAGUUGGAAGGAGAGGGGCAGCAGGCGGCCAUGAGGGACUCUGUGUUUAAAUGCUGUUUUGUCCCUCCCCCUCCCGCCCCAGGAGAGGAAGAGCCGGCCGCGGACAUGGCGGGUCCCGGCGCCAAGCGCUUCCUGAUCUUCUUCGACUUCGACGAGACCAUCGUGGACGAGAACAGCGACGACGUGGUGGUGCGGGCCGCCCCAGGGCAGGCGCUGCCGGGCUGGCUGCGCGAGACGUACCGCGAAGGCCACUACAACGAGUACAUGCAGCGGGUGCUGGCCUACAUGGGCGAGCAGGGCGUGCGCGAGGAGGCCAUCCGCGCCGUCAUCGAGAAGAUUCCCGCCUCCCCCGGCAUCCCGGCCGUCUUCCAGUUCCUCAGGUCCAACCAGGACCUCUUUGAGAUGGUCCUGGUGUCCGACGCCAACGUCUACUUCAUCGAGACCUGGCUGCGGGCGGCCGGCGCCCACCAGCUCUUCCGCCUGAUCAUCAGCAACCCAGCCAGCUUCGACGCCCGGGGCCACCUGGUCCUGCAGCCCUACCACUCCCACUCCUGCCCCCGCUGCCCCGCCAACAUGUGCAAGCGCAAGAUCGUGCGCGAGUACCUGGCGCGGCGGGCGGAGGAGCGCGGCGGCCGGCCCUUCGAGAGGGUCUUCUACGUGGGCGACGGAGCCAACGACUUCUGCCCCUCGGCGGUGCUGGGCAAGGGCGACACGGCCUUCCCCCGCCGGGACUACCCCAUGCACCGGCUCAUCUGCGAGACGCAGCGCAACCAGCCGGGCGUCUUCCAGGCCGCCGCGGUGCCCUGGCAGAGCGGGGAGGGCAUCACCGCCUGCCUGAAGAAGCUGCUGGGCAGGUGAAAGCGGGCGUGGGGGGGGGCUGCUCUCGCCAGGCCCCGGCUCAAGGAAAACCAAGCACUUUAGGAUCAAUGGCGGCGUUUUUAUAAAAGCAUUUUGGACCAAAGUGUUCCUGAUUUUAUCAACCCAGGAAAAAAAAGUCUGUUACUAAUUAAAACAAGAAAAAACACGUUCUUAUGCAAGUUCUGUUUUUGCAUUGUGAUGUAACCAUGAUAUGUUUGCUUUUAAUUUUUUCCAGCCCCCCCCAAACCUCUGACAGUGAUAGAGCUCUUAACCGCAUAUUUUGUUAAUUGGGUGUGAAAGGCCCUGGAGCAGGCUGUCAAACAGCAAUGUUAAUAAAAGAGACUCAAAA